AUGGCUGCGUUAGCAGUCACGGGUGCGUCAAGUCCGCACGGGUGCCGCCCUGCAAAUCUAAUCUUCGGCUCGUGGCAGCACGUCCUCCCUGAUCAACGUGGCCAGACCAACCAACUGCCUUUUGAAUUGAAAUCAGAACAGACUCAGCUGCUCAUCGACUGGGUUGGAGAAGGCAGUCGAGUUGUGGUGUCUCUCAUCCGUGAUAACAAAUAUCGACCCCAGAUUCACUCAAGUGUUUUUAUCUCCUUUGAUUAUGGAACCACAUUCUUGAACCAGUCACAUUUCUUCCGUGUUGAUGACAACUCUUCAGUCAUCAUUGCAAAUUUCUACAAAAAUGCUAAAUUUACAUCAAGGUUCAUAUUUACGGACAUUCAUCACAAUUACUUGUUUGUAACUACGGAUUGUGGAAGAAAUAUUUCAUCUCGAAAGCUAGACUUCACUCCUUCAGAAGUGAUCAACCACCCAACUGAUGCAGAAAUCAUUCUAGUUCAUGACACUGUUGAUCCUGAGAAGAAGCUCUGGGUGAGCACCGACUUUGGAGAGACAUGGCAGAAGCUCGCCUACUAUGUAGAAGGCUACCAUUGGUCUGCUGAAGGUGUAGUGCCUCCUAAGCUUUAUGUGCAUCGUGGGGAGCCUGGUGGCCCGUCUUCUGUGGUUGCCUACACUAAAUUUACUAUGUCUGCUGAUGCAAUUCCCGAACCAGUGAUAUCAGACGUGAUCGAGUUUGAAGUAAAAGAGGAGUUCUUGUUUGCAAUCAAAAAAGUUCGAUUGCUGGGAUCACCAACAACUGACCCGAGCCUGCAGUUGUGGAUCUCGAACAACGGCGGACCUUUCUUGCGUGCUCUGUUCCCUCACAAUCUUAUGCACCAGCAGUACUUCAUACCUUACGUGUCACAGGGACAGGUGAUGGUGUGUGUGGCUCACAGCCCCACCACAACACAUCUCUACGUCAGCUCCGUGCCGCGGUCGCCCCAGCACAGAGUUAAAUUCUCGCUCUCCCUGCCCAGGAUCUUCUUCUUCCAACCCAACGGCACCUGGCACAACACAUGGAUCAAUGAGGUGAAGGAGGAAGCGUUCGCGGACCUGCACCCGAUCGCUGGGAUCCGCGGCGCGCUCAUCGCGUCUCAGGUGUCGGCGAACUACACGCAGAAGCAGACGGGCGUGCUGAGCCUCGAGCACCUGACGACGCUCAUCACGUACGACCUCGGCGGCCAGUGGCGCCCCAUCGACGCGCCCAAGACGGACGCGGACGGCAAGCCCAUAGCGUGCGACCCUCGGACUGGGUGCUCCCUGCAUCUGAGCCAGCAGCUGGCGCGCCUGUACCCCGGCACGCAGACGGAGAGCAUCCUGACGGUGAAGUCUGCGCCGGGCAUCGUGCUCGCCACGGGCACCGUGGGCGCCAGCCUCAAGGGCAAGACCAGCGUCUACCUCUCCACUGAUGCCGGAGUGUCAUGGCGCCAGGUUUUAAAAGGCAAUUACUUGUACGUGAUGGCUGACCACGGCGGACUGAUGGUGGCGGUGGAAAACUUCCGCAACGAAGGCGCGAGCAACGUCCUCUUCUACUCCACGGACGAGGGCGAGACUUGGACGCCCCAUGAGUUCUUCGACAAACCUGUGCGCAUCUACGGCCUCAAGACGGAGCCUGGCGAGAACUCGACUGUGGUGCUGCUCUUCGGGUCCGCCCCUGGCGAGCAUGAGUGGGUUGUCUUCAAGGUUGACCUGGAGCCUGUGUUUGCCGGGAAAUGCACCGAGGAUGACUACAAAACCUGGUCCCCUUCCGACCCUCACACGACCAUGCCUCAGUGUUUGCUGGGCCGACACGAGGUAUUCGAGCGACGACUGCCGAAGGUGAACUGCUUCAACGGCUUCAGCUACGACCGUCCCAUCAGCGUCGUCAACUGCCCCUGCUCUCGUCAGGACUACGAAUGCGAUUACGGAUACGUCGUCAGCGAUGCCACGCACGACGAGAUUAGGGCACUCAUCGGCAAGCCCGUGGAGGUGCCAGCCAACGCCACGCAGGAGACCGCACCGAAAGACGCCGUCUGGAUUGACGUGGCCUUCAAAAAGCAGGCGUGUGUGCUGGACAAGAGCGACGCCCUGGUCGUGCCCGUGCCACCCAAGGGCGCGGCGGCGGCUGCGCUCCAGCAGCCUCGGUGCCGCGAGGGCGACUUCUACAACCGCACGCGCGGCUACCGCAAGAUACCUGGUGACACUUGUGAGGGCGGCCUCAACCACUUCUAUGAUCCUGUUCUCACACCGUGUCCCCUCUUUGAGGAGCAAGAGUUCCUGCUAGUGUCGGCCCGCCAAGCGGUGCUGAGGUUUGAUCUCCUCAAGCCUGACGAGGGUCUCCAGCCACUGCCUCUGUCCGGGCUGUCUAUGGUCAUCGCCUUCGACUUCGACUUGGCCAACAACUGCCUCUACUGGGCCGACGUUGUGCUCAAAAAUAUACUUCGCUCAUGCUUCGACGGGAAGCACGGCCAAGAGGUGGUGGUGGACAGCGGCACAGACCGCAUCGAAGGCAUGGCGCUGGACUGGAUCUCUAACAACCUGUACGUGGUGGACGCCUCCAACAAAUCCAUCUCUGUGAUCAAAAUUCCAUCGCGUCUCUCCGACCAGCACUCGUCUCUUCCUCCUCCACCUGUGCUGAGAACAACGCUCCUGAACAGCACGCAACUUGACCGCCCCCGAGGCAUCGCGCUCCACCCCGUCCGAGGACUGCUCUUCUUCACUGACUGGUCCAACAAGAACCCCAUGGUGUCGCGAGCCCACCUCGACGGCAGCGAAAUGCAGAUGCUCUUCGGUCGGAACACGGUGGGCUGGCCGAAUGGAAUCACCAUUGACUUCCAGGAUGAUCGAAUUUUCUUCGUGGAUGCCAAGUUGGACUUUGUAGCCUCUUCUGACUUCAACGGACAAGGCAAAACUAUAUUGGUGAGGAACGCUGAGCGGCCUUUCGCAGUAGGGAUCCACAAGAGCCUCGUGUACUGGGACGACACGGUGCGCCGUCAGGUGCUGAGCGCCGACAAGCAGCAUGGCUGGGGCAUCACACCCAUCGCCAAUGAGUCCAUUGAAGGCCUCGUCGAUCUCAAGAUCUAUGCCCAUUGGUCCCAGAAAGGAGACAAUCCCUGCAAGAGUAACCCAUGCUCUUAUAUCUGUGCUGGCAAGCCGAACAACAAGUACACGUGCCUGUGUCCUGACCACAUGAUCACGCUGCAGAACGCCUCUGGUGUGCUGUGUUUGUGCAGUAACGGCUCAGCGCCCCUGCAGGAAGGAGGUCUCUGCCCGCCUCCUCCGUCCUCGUGCUCUGCCUCACAUCAGUUCAGCUGCGCUAACGGCCACUGCAUCACCGCGCAGUGGCGCUGUGAUGGCGCUGAUGACUGCGGUGACAACUCCGAUGAGGCUGGCUGUACGGAGUCAGACUGCCACGCAGCGUCAUGGCAGUGCCACAGCGGUCAGUGUAUCCUGUCUACGUGGCGCUGCGACCACGACCUCGACUGCUUAGACCACAGCGACGAGCAGGACUGCACCUACGACCCCUGCUCCGACACUCAGUUCAGUUGCAGCAACGGUCGCUGCAUCAACAAGAGAUGGCGCUGUGAUGGCGAGGACGACUGCCAUGACGGCUCAGACGAGGCCUCCUGUGAUGCGCCGCAGCAUCACUGCAAACGCACGGAGUUCAGUUGCGCCACACAGAAGCAAUGUGUGCCCAAAACGUGGCAGUGCGAUGGCGACGACGACUGCCUCGACGGCAGCGACGAGCAGAACUGCGACAAGCAUCAGUGCUCCUCGGACCGACGCUUCCAGUGCACCAACAGGCAGUGCAUCAGCAAAUUUUGGCAUUGCGACGGCGAAGUAGACUGUGACGAUGGUUCAGACGAAGUGAACUGCACCGAAAUCUCGACGACUGCGUCACCGUUCCGCAACACUACCGUGACGCCUCCGGUCGCUGGCAGCCACUGCAGCUCCUCUCUGAUGUUCAAGUGUGCCUCCGGCAGCUGCGUGCCAUUUUGGUGGCGCUGUGACAGCCUCGACGACUGCGGCGACAACUCCGACGAGGAAGGCUGCUUCUUGCCCUGGAACUCCAACACAACAACGAUAUCCCCCACCCCGCAGCCUGCCCACAGAUCUUGCAAUGUAGACCAGUUUGAGUGCAGCAGCAGCAACAACAGUACAGGACAAGCCGUGUGCCUGUGGUUAUCGUGGCUGUGCGAUGGUGUAAAAGACUGUCCAGAUGGCGAGGACGAACAGAACUGCAGCGAGCGCGACCUGUGUAAGCCGUACGCCCCUCACGACGCCUCGGAUGGGACGGCGCUCUUCCGCUGCCUGCACUCGCAGGGCUGCUUCCCUGCACGCAAGCGCUGCGACGGCACCAACGACUGUGCUGAUGGGUCAGAUGAGCUUGGGUGUUCGACAAAAGGCAGCAACACAACAGUGCGGUCAUGUCCCGUCGGUCAGUUUGUGUGCGAUGGUAGCGAUUGUCUGCCCUUGUCUGCUCGGUGUGACUCCAACACAGACUGCCUCGACCUCUCGGACGAGAUCUCGUGCCAGCACCAGACUGCAAGCCACAAGUUGUCGCUGUCGUCGCUGCUCGUAACCAACACAAGCGUGAGCGUCAAGUGGAGGCUGAUCGGUGCAGCGAACGCCUCCUUGAGCUUCUUGCCCUCCAUCAUCGAGCAGGCCGCCAUCGGCAACCCCGCUGCCUGGCACAACGCGUCCCAGUGGAUAUCCGAGAAGACGUACACGUUCACUCGCCUGACGCCGGCGACGCCGUACCUCGUGCGCGUGUUCGUACGACGCGACGGCGUCCACGAGGAGCUCGCUCUCAACACGCUGCCUCUCACCACCGAGCAGGGCGUGCCCAGUGCAGUGCAGGCGGUGGCAGCUCAUCAAGCCGGCGAGGACAUCCACGUGAGCUGGCAGCCGCCCAUGCAUCCUAACGGCCACAUCCAGUCUUACACUGUAUGGAUGGAGCCUCCUUCUCCAGCCCAGCAGAUGGUGGUGCGCGGUGACGUCACUGAAGCGACCGUUAGCCUCGCCGCCCCUCUCGCCCACGGCGCCCGUGUUUACGUCUGGGUAACAGCUGACACUCCGGAGUACAGGAGCGAACCCAGCAACAACGUGACGGUACUCUACGUCGUCCUCGACCAUCCCUCCAACCUACGCACCAUCGCGGUGGACGAGACGAGCGUGGAGGUGGCGUGGGACGUGGUGACAGGAGCGCAGUCCUACUCCGUCACACACACGAGGCCGGAGAACGACUUCCUCAGGGGCAGAGUCACCCUGCACACCAACGAACCUAAUAUCAAAAUGACGGGGUUGUCGCCCGGCAUAGUGUACGUGGUGGAGGUGCGAGCGUUAGGCUGCUCCACGGGCGACAAGUGCAGUGGUGACGCCCUAGGCAACGUCAUGGGUCCUCUGUCAGUUCUGCCCGUCACCACCACCGGCCUUCCUCUCACCUCCGUCAGGCAACUGUCUGCGCGCGUCAACAAGAUGCCUCCUACUUCUGUCAAACUCUCAUGGCUUCCGCCCUCGUAUAAACGCAAGGUUGUGUGGCAAUACAAGAUUCUGUGGGGCAACAGCGGUUCGGAGUUCCGACGUGGGUUCAACUCUAACGAUUCUUCAGCACUAACAUCGGACACGUCGUACGUCGUGCGGGGCCUCCACGCCUGCCAGACGUACCUACUGGCCGUGAUGGUUGCAGAUCCACUGGGGUACGGCCCUGCUGCCCAGGUACAAGUCAUGACCGGCGAGGACGCGUUCGCUCCCCCGACUCACGUGACAGCGCGCGUGUCGCACCUCACGAUGCGCGUCACUUGGCAGCCGCCCUGCUCGCUCUCGCCCCCGCCCGCUGCGUCAGAGCCUGACUCGCUGCCGUAUUUCCUACUGACGAUCGUGGAGACGACGCGCAACCGAACGUCGUACAUCUCCGUGCCCGGCAAGCCUACGCUUGGGGAGCCGCACCUGCUCUUCCAUGAGGUCCAGGUGGAGUACGGAGGCCAGUACAGCGUAGUGGUGCAGAGCAGCAGCCCUGGGGCGCGCCCCAGCCACCCUCCCGCCACCUGUACCGCCCCGGUCAUCCCUGCUCCCCGCCAGCUCACCUUCAGCCCUGCCGACCACUCCUUCCACUGGAGGAAGAGCUCCUACAUCCCUCAUUCCCUGCUCCUGCUCAACGUGAGCUACUCGCUGUACCUGCGUGAGGGCCAGGACUGUGGGGGAGCUGGCCAGGGUUGGGAGGAACAUGAGGUGCCCCAGCCUCCCUACCCGUGCCCCCACGUGCUCCCUGGUCACGUGUACUGCGUCGCCGUCGCCCUACGCACCCCCACGGGCUUCGUCUCCGCCAGGAGCUCUCCUAUCAGGAUUGAGGUUCCGCUCGGUGGCACCGCAGAAGCGCAACACUCCUCGGUUGGGCUGGGUGUGGCGCUGACACUGGUGCUGGUGGCGUUGGUGGUCGUGGUUGCCGUGUUUGUUCUGCGCAACCGACGCUUCAGUCGCUCCUUCCUGAGCUUCACCAGCAGCCACUACAGCAGCUCUUCGGGCACCACCUCCAUUUCUGCUGGCGAUCACGUCCUUGAAGACGACGACUCGCCCGUGAUACAAGGUUUCUCAGACGACGAGCCUCUUGUGAUAGCCUAGCGCCUGUGAUAACCUCAGCCUGCGCUGGCACGCCUUCUUCGGCUUGGCCUUCUUGCAUUUUUUCUCGUAUCUCUCACCAAAUGAUUAGGACUUUACUGCAGUCGUGUCAUGUGCGUGUCUCGUAAUUUUAAACUUAUUCCGUGUGUUUUUCUACGCACUUUUAACUUUAUUGUGCGUGUUUAUCUACGCACAACUUUUAUUGUACGUGUUUAUUAGGCGGCAGUCAGCAAAAAUGCUAUAAAUUUUACAUGGAUUUUAAUUCAUCGAAAUGAAAUACGGGGACAAAAUGUAAACAUUGUUUGAAAGACUGGUAAUGAUACUCAAAGCUCAUGUUUGCGUCACCAUGCGCCUGUGGCUUGGUUCAGCCACGCCACUGCCGCUCCACGAGAUAUAUUUUUUUUAAUUUAUCGGUAAUGAUUAUUAUUAUUGCAUCUAAAUAACACUGAUAAUUAUUGCGUGGCAUUUAUAAUGUUUUUGCUUUAUAGUGUUUGGAGUGAGUGACACUACACGGUAUUCACUGUGGUUAUUUUACUCACAAGGAGUUUUGUUGAAGUGGUCCAAGGCCCCCGUGCAUAUCUUUGUAGGAGCCAAGCGACGGCAGAAAUCAAUGGCCCGAGAGCUUACAUUAUAACGAAAUUUAAAAUUAACAUCUGGUGUUAUGAUACUACCACCUGGUAUACUGAUUCUACCUCCUGCUAUACAUUGAAUCUACCGCCUGCAAUAUUGAUCAAAAUACUAUGGAGCAAAUUUUCAGUAUUUUGUCAUAGAUAUAUUUUAUGGAAAGUUUACCUUAUAUAUGUUGGCUAUGAAAAAUUGUCUACAACCAAAAAAUAUUUCUAUAUUGAUCAGCGCUCAUUUUUUAUAAGAUAUUUUACGGUUUUAAAUAAUGAUAGAUUUGCUGCAAUGUAAUACAAGGAAGUUGGGAAAGUAAAGCUCUACUGUGGAAGUUGUUUCAUAUUAUUUGUUAUGGUUUUAGUUCGGCCGUGGCACAAAUAUUCGUAAGUGCUUCUGGCACAUUGUGUUUAUCUUUAGUUGUUCUCAACUUCUCGUACGCAUUCUUCUUUUUCUGAUAAAUGCUUAGUAAAGAAUUUUUUCAAGAUUUUAUUAUCGAUAGAGGCAAAAUGUUUUCACAAAAUAAGAUAGGAAGAGGAUGGUUAAUCUCAUAAUGUUAUUACAACAUAAUCUAUUACGGGCAUAUUCUUCGCUUGGUCAUCUCUUUAAAGGAGCACCAUAAUAUCUCUGUAUUGAAGGCAAUAAUCAGGUCACUCUGCAGGUGUUGUCAAAUCCUGUAAUGCCCUGCAUAAUUAUGCACAAUUGAAAAAAUAAGGUCGAAAAUGUUCGUGGAGUGUAACAGACUAAUGUCUGUUACUUUUUUCGAUAAUUUUGAGUUUUCAUUGCAACGUUUCAUGAGAUUGUCUGACGAUAUUGAGCCUAUCGAGCUAAUUAAGCUUCUGUAGCGCUCUUACUUUCUUCGUUUUAUUUAAUCAAUUCCAUUUUUAACAGUAUUAUUGUUAGGUUAUCUCAAUACGUUUCUGUUAAUUGUUUUCCUAAACAUAUCGUAUUUAAUUUCUCACAUUUCGCUUUAUAUCUUUAUGCUCUAAUUGAUUCAGUCGCACAUUUUGUUACGCUCUCAAAUUUCAAUGAAGAUUUAUAUGUAAGGAAAAUGGGCUCACGAUUGUGAGUAUGCUGCGUAUUAUUCGCUUGUAUUCAGCAGCCUUAGGAAGCUCUAGUCACGUUCAGUUGCUGAUGUCAAAUCUGCCGUGGAUAUUACGGGAAGAAUGAAGCCAUACGGAUUCUUUUAAGCUCGGUUUUGCACCUUACCUCAGACCUGAUAAGAACGUAUAAGUUUAUUAAAACAUUUAUAAUUUUGACCCUGGAAGGUCAACUCAUGGAAACUCCGUAUUUCUGCGCAACUCGAUCUCAACAGAUGAGGAUUCAGUAUUGUUCCCGACACGCUGGACAUAUUUUUUUCUCACUAUUUGAUUUUGUAUUAACGAAUGAAAAUUGAUCUAGCAUUAUGUAGUCUUUUCCAUCUAUGGAUCUAAAAAUCUAUUUUUUCGACUGCUGUCAUUGAAUUUAUUUAUCGCACUUUUAUCGAAAAUCAUGAUAUGAAAAUCAUUGUAUAGCUCAUAUAGAUCAUACAUUCUGUAUUAAUUAGAAAUCAAUUCGCUAACAGGCUCCAAUUUGGUCGAAAAAAGGUCUUCAUCUGUGUCCUCCCUCCUCUCGAUCUAGUCGUCGGAGUUUAAAUCAAACGGAGUUAAGAGAAUUUUAUCCGACUACAGUCAGAGCGUUGAACGUUCUCGUCAUCUGUGAUGGUGCAAUGCCUCGUUACACGUCAGUUCUGGACUAACGGUGUCGGAACCUCGCAGUUUUAGAACUCGUUUGCCGCUCAUAAAAUUUCAAUGUUACUGUGGUAAUUUAUUUCAUAGAAUGAAAAGUAAUGCAAGAAGAAAUAUAGGUACGGGGCGGAUGACCUUCAGAGCAAAGAGCCUCCAGGAGAAGCAUCUGCUGCUCUGAGCGUUUUAUAUAUAAUAGUCAAUGAGGUUCGUAAAAGGGAUAAAACUGCAUGACGGGAAGACGGAUGUAACUAAAGUAAGAGAAGAAAAUUAUCCCGUCAACCUACCGCGUUUACAUCCGUAAUUAGACUUUACUUUGCCCGAUUAAACUUAUAAGAAUUGAGUUUUCAUCAUCUUCGUUUUUAUUUACAAAUACAUUCCUUACUAUAGUCAACUGUUCUCUUGUUCUAUAUUUUAUGUUAUGCAUGCUUUGUAAAGCUACAUUUUAUUUUUAUUUUCUAUAUAUACCUUUGCUUAUCAUGUCCAAAUUUUGUUUAUCCCUUGAUGUUCAAUAUUCCUCCACAUGUUGCAACGUUAUUUCGAUUAUUAAAAUCGCUUUGUUUGUUCUCGAAGCUGCUACGUUAGAGCGGUUGCAUCCACCACCGUGGAGGCUCGUCUUUUGGGUCGGAGCAAAUUCUGGUAAUUGACACGCGAGUUGCUUGAUUUUGUGCCUGUUAUUCAAUAGCAGCUAUUUUUCCUGUCUAUUAGACCAGUCACGAUGUUAAAGUAAUUCAUCUUUGGAUCGCAAAUUAGAUGUAAAUUCUUAAGAGCUCCACUCGGUAGCUUCCGUUUUAUACCUUUGCCUGAUUAAUUGUGAACAAAUCGGGCUAUAAAGUACCAGACACCACAUAACAACAGACUGGCAUUUAUUAGAUAACGACCUUGUUCCGUAAUCCCUGGAUGUUUGCUAUAAAUACAGUUUUCUGACAAGACAAUAUCAACCCGCCCGCGUAUCAUGGACAUCCGUAUUCUGCUCACUUGGUAUGUAUAGUUGUCUGCUACCCUCUAGAUUAAGACUUUGUCCAUUAGUUCUUUCAGAGUGGACACUUUAUAAUUACCUGUACACUUUUCGCAAGUAUAUUAUAUAUUCGGA